AUGAACGGGGAUCAUCGUCAGAACGUGAACGCCCCGAGCGCAACCUCCUCCGUCACCGUCAACGCCAACUCUUUCGCUUCUCUGGCCUCCAACCGCGCGAGCCCCUUCUCGUCGUCCACCGCGACAACCAACACAAUGGCAGCCUCAUCCUACCUACCGCGACCUUCGGCCGCUCAGGCUGCCCAAGCCUUCAACAACAGACAAGGCAUGACCUCUCCCGUCGGCUACUACACAGCUGGCAACCCCUUCGAUCGCGACGCUGCCAAGCCUGUCGGAACCCCGUUCGCCGCGACGCCCUCCCCGUCCUAUGCGGUCGCCCGCAUCCGCAAGUUGCCUGCCAACUUCACCGAAGACCAGCUGCGCCUCAUGAUGGCCCUCUCCAAGGAUCUCGUCAAGGCCGAGCUUCUUCCCGCCGAUGUGUCGGACGACGCUGGUUUCCGAACCGCGAUUCUCACAUUCAAGACCUUGGAGGGCGCGCAAGAGACGAGGCAACUCUUGAAUGGCAAGACCAACAUGACCAACGACGCCGAAAUGAUUGUUGAGAUCAUUCAGUCCGACUCCGCAUCCUCGAGUGCCAGGUUCUCGAUUGACACAUCCGUCUCCGCUGCGACAUCGGCGGUCACUUCGCCAACGGCGCUGACGGCGCCCUCUUCCAGACAAGUGUCGCGCUUCAAUGGCACAUUCCAAUCUCUUGACCGAAUGUCGCCGCCCCUUAAUACUGCGUACGGGUCCACCGAGUUGGGCAGCCCCGAGGCCACUGCGCACUACCAGAACCUUUUCUCGGCUCAAUCGCCCAUUGGAAACUACCUCACUGACGGUAGUCGCGCGACCGGCAAGACCUUGAUCAACAACGAUUCUGCAGACGAUGACGAAACGGGCGAGAUUCUCAAGGAAAUCGGCGGCUUUGCUGAAGGCGGCCCCCAGCAACGCCGGUCUACCUCAUCUCAGCUUCCCAUCACGCGCAUGGCAAACUUGUCGCUAAACACAUCGGUUCCCACGACUAUGCCGCAAUCAAUGUCGCACUACUCCCAAUCUAGCAUGGGGGGAAUGGGAGCGCAUUCUGCUACUAUGUCACCCACCAACAUGAUGGGUGGCCCCGUCCCAAUGAUGCCCCAUGCUCAGCCGUAUCGCCAACACCCGCCCGCAAAUCCCGCCGACAUGAACCCUCCUUGUAAUACCCUCUAUGUCGGCAAUCUGCCCAUCGACACCUCUGAGGAAGAGCUCAAGGCCGUGUUUUCCAAAGUGCGGGGAUACAAGCGCCUUUGUUAUAGAACUAAGCACAACGGACCCAUGUGCUUUGUCGAGUUCGAGGACGUUUCUUUUGCCACCAAGGCCCUUAACGAGCUUUAUGGUCAUACGCUCAGCAACAGCAGGAAGGGCGGCAUGCGAUUGAGUUUCUCAAAGAACCCCUUGGGCGUUCGCACCGGUCAGGCGCCUGGCCAGAAUGGCGCAGGCCCCAUGAACGGCAUGAACGGUUUCCCUCACGGGCCCAACACUGGUUUCACAACCGCAAGUGGACCUCCUCCAGGAUUGUCUGCCCCUCCUGGCUUGGGCAUGAACAGGUCCUUGUACUCAGGGUCGCCCAACAUGCUGAACAACGGACACAACCAGUAUACCCCGCCCCCGUUUCCUGGAGGUCAGAACCCUUGGGGUUCGAGCUUCAACGGCUCUGCGCAGCUGAAUGGCAACUCUCAGGCGCAAUUCCCGGCAUACAUGAUGGGAAGAUGA